AUGCUGAAAUGGUUCGCAGGCCUGUUCCUCCUGGCGAUGACCCUCCAGCCAGCUGCGACAGCGGACACGUCGAGAAUCUUCCGCUUCCCACAAGGCACGGACCAGGAAGCCGAGCACGAAAUGAGACAAGCUCUCGCCGAUGCAAUGACCCUGGCCAGAUUCGUCGCCAUAACGACCAUCCCCUGCGAAGAGAGCUUCCUCCGAUAUUUCACGCCCGCGGACUUCCUGCUCGUCCAGCGCGUCUUCCGCACCAUUGCCAACAUCCCGUUCAACCAGCAGUUUGAUCCCCGGAACGUGGGGCAGAUCCUGCAAGCACUGGCCGUGUAUGCUCCGCUGAACCCGAAGUUCAACCAAUUGUCCAUCGCCCUAGGUGACAAUCCAGACGUUGGACCGCCGGACCCGAGCACCGAGGGGUAUAGCAAUACCAGGAAGUGCAGUGACGGCAUCUACGCCGGGCUCAUGCUGUAUGACCCCCCGAGAUAUGGACGUCGGGGGUUGAUGUCCUUGUGUCCACAGACAUUCGAGACAUUUUACUCCCUAAGGGAUAUCGAGCAUCCUCCUGCAUGGGCGUUAGACGAGAACGGUAAUCCCGAGGAAGGGUUUAGCUGCACCAACAUGCUCGACAGGGAUACCGAUUAUAUGCUCAGUCCCGGGGCUAUUCUCCUGCACGAGUUGCUGCAUUGGCCGUAUCUCUUCCAGGAUAUCCCCGGGUAUUCGACCCUCGUGCGCCAGUAUCCGCACAACGACUAUUCCAAGAUCUGGGAUUUCCUGGGACCGAGCCCCUCGGACGGUUACGGUCCCUACAACGCCAUGGCCGUGAGGAACUUACCCGUCUCACCCAUCACCGGGACAUCUCAGGCCAUCCAGAACGCCGACAACUUCGUCUGGUACGCCGUGAGCAAGUACUGGGGUUGGCGUUGCGGGAGGCAGUUUAAGCGUUCCACCUCUGCAGAAGACGCCGAGCUGCGUGGCUUUCUGGUCCGGGACAAUGGCUUGAGUGGCGGGCUUCGAUAA